AUGGGUGUUCGUCAGAAAUUGGACAAGUUCUAUUACUACUAUUUCAUUCUCCAUAUUCCAAUCACUGUCAUUAUCGAUUCGUGUUUGGUAAUUCCCCCAAACAGAAGGCUGGCACUUCAGCAAAUUAUAUUUCAGUUUCACAUCGAAACUAAUAAAGAUUAUCUUCUGGUUAAGACUCCAGAUUGGCUGUACUACUUCGGACUGUUCGAGCUGGUUUUCCAACUGCCCUUCUUCGUCUACGCAGUGCUCAAUUUCACCAACGGGGCUUUCAAAAAGAGAACACACAAUUAUAUCGCGUUCUAUGGGUUUAAUGCUGCCAGCACAACUCUGUGCUGUUUGUUAGACGUCUGGUUCCACGGGGAAGCCCAUGGUCUCGUUCCAAGCGAAGUGUACAACCUCAUUGGAGUAUAUCUACCAACAUUCAUAAUUCCAUCCUUGAUGAUGGUAGAUUAUUUAAUUAGAUGA